GCUUAAACUAAGCGUUCAUUUCCGAAGUGGUUUUGCUGAUGGCCCAGUCAAGCUGUUUGCUCAGGUCGUUCGAAGGAACCACUUAGAGGUCCGAAUAGAGUACCAUGAUACUCGGUUUGAAGUCGUUCAAAGGAACCGAGAAUGGUCCUCAGCAAAUGCCACACAGUACCUUGAUCAAGCUACCGCAUCACCAGGAUUUUUUUGGCAGUUCUCUUUAUGCGACCCCAGUCCAUUGCGGCAGCUCUGAGCCUAUUAGGGUCAGCAGCUCUGGCGUUGCAUAACCAGUUUCCGAUCAACACUGUUGGAGAAACCAGUGUUGGACCCUUGGAUGUCAUCAACUCGAACCCUGGCCAUAUAAAUAGUGUCAACUCCAACAGCGAGCAAUGGAGGUUUGAUGAAUCUCCACCCGAGAAUGCGACAGGGAACUUGGUCUUCAACACUGUCCAUUCAUUACUACAGCGCUGGCCAAAUACAAGGUAUCGUAAUGGACACAACAUAGUGCCAGGAGUGAUUCCAACCGGUACUUUACUCUAUCACAGUACCAAUGGCUCGCAUAUGAUACCCAGUGGGCCCGAGUGGACCGCUAUGGACCCGGAGCAUUCUAUUUUUUUCUCUCGUGGAAAUGGGAGUGACUGGCACCUCACGCUGGCAGCAACGCGACCUCUCAAAGUAUUGUACUUCGAUGGAAACAGUGCUGCUAAGCUAUCCGAGGGUACAAUGGAUACGCAGGACAUAAUAGCCUGGGGAGAACCGCGACCCGACCGAUUCUUCGAUGAAAGAAAUCGGAUUGAUGAUCUUUGUACGUGGGGAAAGGAGUUCAAAAUCGACGGUUUCGCGAGGAUGGAAAUGAACUUUGAAGUCAUGUUAUGUGAUUUCACAGCCGGCGUCGAAGUAGUAUCUUUCGUACAUCUCACCUUACCAAGGGACGACCGAUCAUUCCCUGCCCCUACUUCACUCGAUCACUACUACACUUGGAUUCGUUCGUUCGAAUUCAUGCACUCCGGCUCAUGGCACAAUCGCUACCCAGGAGAUUCUCGCAUUGUGCUGGACCUGACUGGUCUCAUCUCAUUGUAUGAUACUGCACUAGCACCAUCCCUCGUCUCGGUUCGCACGGGUCUUGAACGGUGCGGCCACCGCGUACUCGGAAUAUCACCGGAUGACAUAUCGCGGGUGAUGAGAAAUCUCAUCAAAAUUGUCACUCGACCACACCCGAUAGGCAGCGGCAUUGACUGGAAGACCCUUAUUCACGUCAUCGUCGAUCGAUACGCGGAUCGACUCGAGUUAACGCAGCGUCUCCUCAACGUUGCCUCAUCAGAUCCACAAGAACUCCUUGAGCGAGCGAAGCUCGCGCAGACCCAGCUCAGUGUGAUGCUCACGCCGUACUUAUUACAUUCCACCGUCAUCCCCAGCGCAGGCACUUUAGGCAUAUAUUCAUCGCAGUGGGCGUCCCCAAUUUUUAGGCUAUGCGUCAGAACACACACUUCCCAGAUUACAAACCUCAUUCCCUUGAUGACGUCUUCGGAACGCCUGCUACUGAAAGCGAUUGAGGACACAACGAGGGAGAUCUGCCGUGUCACUACGAAAAUGUGGGCUGUAGGUGUCAUGAGCGGGCUCGACACUCUUUUCCCCAUUGAACCGAAUGAGGAGCUUGAUGCUACUCAAAUAAUGAAUGACUGGAGACAAGACAUCCAGAAGCUGAUGUCUUGGUUAGACUGGAGUGUAUGGAUCAAAUGUCGACCUGCCUGCGACCCAGAGGAAAUGUGCUAUCUCUCUACUUGGCCCAUCAAUGCCCCAAGGCCAGAGCGUCCACUUCCAUCUCCACGGAACUCACAAAAUCUCACGAAUUCCCCGGAAGCACAAAAUUUUGCUGACCGAGUCGGACAAGCCAAAUACUCAGUGGAGGAUUGGAGCUUGCCCCAACCAAGGUGCAUUAGGCGCCUCCAGCCGUACGGGUUUUGAUUAGGAUGUGCCUUCACACUGUUUCUAAUCAUUAUGAGUUGUGUACAUGUAUGAGCGCUUUCUAGAUUUUGAUGAGGUUGUCGUACGUCCAUUAAUAAGAGUUCCAACUAUCUCAGCGGAUUCGCGCUUC